AUGACCAUUGAGGAGGAAACCGAGUACAUCAAGGAGAAUAUCCGGAUGCUCACCGAGGUCUCAGGCGAGGCUCCCGUCGGCGUGUACUAUGGAAGAGGGACUCCCAACACGCGUGCCUUGUUCCCAGAGAUCUGGAAGAGCCUUGGAUUGCCAUUUCUGUGGUCUUCCGAGUGCUACAACGAUGAUGUUCCAUACUGGGUGGAUCUUCCCAGGGAACAGAGCCUCCCCGAGGACCAACGCGAGGGCAUGCUACUGAUUCCGUACAACUAUGACUGCAACGAUGGAAAGUUCCACAUGUCGCCUGGAUUUGGAAGCUCCGUCGCCGAGACAUACGAGCAAUACCUCAAGAACACGUUCGACUGCCUCUACCGCGAGGGCGGCAAGAUGAUGAACAUCCCGCUGCACACGCGCAUUAUCGGCAAACCCGGACGAUCGGAGGCGCUGCGUAAGUUCAUGAAGUAUGUUUCUGAGAAGCCCCGUGUUUGGGUUACAACGAGGAGGGAUAUCGCAAAGCACAUGAGGAGUGAGUUUCCAUACAAGCCAGAAGGGGCGUGGAAGCCAGCAAACUAG